AGCCCUUAGGCUCUGCCCCUCUGGCCAUUGCACCCAGAUUCCCCCCUCCCCCACCCCCCAUGCCCACUGGAGAAGCCUGGCUCUGAGACGGCCUGGACAGCUGCUAACAGCCCUGGGCCCCAGGAUGGUGUGACAUGGCCCUGUGAAUCCCACAGGGAAGGCAGUUCUUGUAGAGGUGGCAGUCCUAGACGUCAAUGCCACCAGCGGUGCCCCCGGAGCCCCAGUCUCCAGGAUGUCCCAGCUCUCCUCCCCGCUGAAGCGCUAUGGAGACACCUCCCGCUACCCCGUCGCCUCCUACAGUAAAUCCCCCACCAGCUACGGCUCCUACUCCUCCUACGGCUCCAGCUUCACCGCUUCGUACCCGGACAAGGACAGGAUCAGCUUCAAGCCGAGCCCCCCCAGCAGCUACUUGGCCUCCAGCCGGCUGCGGACCUCGGGCGCCUCCCCGACCAGUAGCUACGACGCGGGCCGGCUGGCGCUGCGCCCAGAGUCUGGCAUCAGGCUGAGCCCCGGCUAUGGCCACACACUAGCCAGGCCUCUGGGCAGCGGGGGCCUGAGCGGGGGAGCAUGCUACGCCUACACCAGUACGUCCAUCAGCCCCACCAGCUACAUGGCGACACCGUCCACGCUCAGCCGCAAGAAGUCCAGCAGCCACUCGGACCUGGCACGGGAGUUCGCCGGGCUGCACGCCUCCGAACCCUACCGCCUGGACUCACCCACCCGCACCCCGCUCCUUGCCCGCAACCGCCAGGAGCUCUGCGCCCUGCAGAGCCUGUAUCAGGCCGCCAGCCGCUCCGAGUACGUCAAGGAGUACCUGGAGUCCUGCAGCAGGAAGGGCAGCCGUACCCCCGGCUACCCCCGCAGUCCCACCCAAGAAGUGAUCACCUCUAUGUUCCGGCCCAGCAGCCGCUGCCCCAGCCAGCCAUGGGAGAGGAGCGAGAGCCGGACGGACUCUCCAGCCAGGGACCCCUCGAACUCCAAGACGGUACAGGGUCUGACCGGCCUCCGUAACCUUGGAAAUACGAGUUCGCCAAGCUGAUCCAGCUGCUCUGGACCUCGUCCCCCAACGAAGCGGUGAGCCCCUCGGAAUUCAAGACCCAGAUCCAGAGAUACGCGCCCCGCUUUGUCGGCUACAACCAGCAGGAUGCUCAGGAAUUCCUGCGCUUCCUCCUCGAUGGGCUGCACAGCGAGGUGAACCGGGUGCUAGUGAGGCCCAGAUCUAACCAGGACAACCUGGACCACCUGCCCGAUGAUGAAAAAGGGAGGCAGAUGUGGCGGAAAUACCAGGAGAGGGAGGAUAGCCGGAUCGGGGAUCUCUUCGUCGGGCAGCUGAAGAGUUCCCUGACCUGCAGCGAGUGCGGCUACUGCUCCACGGCCUUUGACCCCUUCUGGGAUCUGUCCCUGCCCAUCGCCAAGAAGAGCUACAGCGAGGUGACCCUGUUGGACUGCAUGCGUCUCUUCACCAAGGAGGACGUGCUGGAUGGAGACGAGAAGCCGACGUGCUGCCGCUGCAAAACCAGGACGAGGUGUACAAAGAAGUUCAGCAUCCAGAGGUUCCCAAAGAUCCUGGUGCUUCAUCUGAAGCGCUUCUCCGAGGCCAGGAUACGAACCAGCAAGCUCACCACCUUCAUCAGCUUCCAGCUGAAGGACCUGGACCUGCGGGAGUUUGCCGCACAGAGCUGCAACCAUGCCGUUUACAACCUGUAUGCCGUCUCCAAUCACUCGGGGACCACCAUGGGGGGGCACUACACAGCCUACUGCAAGAACCCCGUGUCUGGCGAGUGGCACACUUUCAACGACUCCCGCGUCACCCCGAUGUCCUCCAGCCACGUGCGCAGCAGCGACGCCUACCUGCUCUUCUACGAGCUGGCCAGCCCGUCUUCCCGCAUGUAGCUCCUGCCCCCCCGCUCGGCCCCCCAGGAGUCUGGCACAGCCACGCCGAGACGGGGAGACCCAGGACAGCCAUGACUGUGGUGGGGAUUUCUAUUAAUCAGUUCUUUUUUUAAAAACAACACAAGACGCAAGAGAAACCACCCCUAAAACGGGGCCGGCGCCCUGGCCGGGAGAUAGGUUUCUCCUGCCCGGGGGUCCAUUGUGGCUGAGGCUGAAGACAAGCAGAGCCCAAGGCCAAUCGACGGCACAGACAGUGGAGAGGAUGCUGGCACAGAGGGGGCUGGACAGCUCGGACGCUUCCUGUUGUUAGGGGCAGGGGUUGGAUUCUUAGCUUGUUUUGCUCUUUUCUUUGGUGUGUAAUAAAUGCCAUGGGGCGCAGGAGCCUGCCUGUCCCGUUAACUCCAAGCAACCACCCCCUCCCCACCCUGGGGCAGAGACGAGUGGGGUUUGGGGACCCAGGAGUGCCUCCAUCUUGUCCUGGUGCAAUCACACCAUUUGGAGCCUGCUGCUGGGGAACCCCGCCUGGAAUUGCACUAUGGAAACACCGCACCUGCUCUCCGGCUCGGCCCCACCCUGCUGCCAGGGCCUGCUCCUCCGAACCAGACUAAUAGCCCACCGCCCUUCUCCAAUAGCCCGUGGCAGCUUGACUGGUGGCUCUGCCUGUGGAGCAGUCGUGGCAGCGAAUUAUUGAUUUGAAACUCCCUGGCCAGGCUAUGACCGGGUUUGCAUGGAUGACGCCCGGCGGUGCACACACAGCCCAGGACAGGUCCCAGAGUGACUGUUCUACCUCUCAGCGCUUUGGGGGACAUUCUUGAGUUCAUUUGUAAUUGACUUUUCUCAGUCCACAGUGCCCAUGCCGGUUUCCUAGGGGCCCUCCUUGCUAGGAGCAGUGGGGAUGGGGGAAGAGACUCGCUUUGGGUGGGUUUACCGGCCUGCUAUACAACCGUGCCUUAAAUUGUUUUGGGAGCAGGGAGGGGCAUAUGAGCUGAACUAAUGUUCCCAUAAUCCUCUGUGGCAUGCCCAGCCUAUGCCAUAGGGGCCUGCAGCUUUCUGGGAACCAGCUUUUUUGUGGGGCCUGUGAGCACCUGGGGAUGGUGAGCAGCAGCCUCUCCCUCCCAGAGAGGCAUGAAGCCAGUCUCACCGGCCUUGCCCUGGACUGGCCCGGGAAUCUCAAUAGCCUUUUUAAUCUUUUCUCUAAUUUAUUCUCUUCCUCCCAGCCACAUUCAGAGCAUCUGGCUGCAGGUGGGGAAAUCCCCACCAGACCCCAGGCCCGCUCGGAGAUACCCCCACUGGCACAUUGAGUGGUGCCACUUGCCUGUUCUUGGCACAGCACUACAGGGGUAUCCCAGCCUCUUUGCAGAGGCCCUGCUCCCCUCACCCCCCCCCCCUUGCCCCCUGCCCCAGGAACAGCUCUAAGAGGACUGACAGUAAGAUUGAAAGGGACAUUUCCCAGCUGCUCAGCCAGUGCCCCUUUCAACAUGGCUGGGGCUGGGAGCACCAGCUGCAGGGGACGGAUCAGGCUCUGUGGCUAGGGGAGCAGCCCAGCCUGCAGCUGGGGGAGGCUGAGCAGAGCAGUGUUGCUGGUUUGGUUAUUGCUUGUUUACUGUGUAAGCAAGAUGCGGGGGGAGCAGAAGAGUCGAGUACAAGGGCCACUUGUACAGAAAUAAAUUUGAGCUUGACCACCA